CGUCAUUGCAGAAUUUGUAUGCAGCAGCGGAAAAAACUGAAAAUUAUUGAAUUUAAAAGUUUAAAGUUUACGAAAAUUGCUCUAAAGUUGUUUUUAGUGCAGCGGCAACCUGGUUCAUGUGAAUUGCAACGAGAAUGAAUGAACGGAUAAACGGGCAAAAGCAGAAGCCGCUAAGCAGUGCGUAGUAGUACUACUACUACUACUACAAUAAAAAGAAUACAACUACGCUGUAGAAACGAGCGCAGAAACGGAAACAACUGCAAUAGUAAACAAUCACCUAUUUAACAGGUGAAGUAUACCGAUAGACAAAGUAGCACAAGCCCUACCUAUGCGUGACAUGGCCGACCUGGACGCAGUGCAUCUGGGCUUGGACGAGAACGAGGCAGACAUAGCCGAGGAGCUUCAAGAUUUCGACGACUCAUUUGACACGCGUAGCGAAGCUUCCGAAUCGGGUAGCGAGUCUUCAGACUCUCGGCCAAGCAUAAGCUCCGUAAGUACAGCGAUAUCAUCGAUAGCGGGUAGUGCUAAUGGCGGCAAUAAACGCAAGACCAAGUCGAGCACAAAAAAGACAGCUGUAGCUGCCACAGCUGCCGCUGCAGCGGCCGCGGCUGCAGCAGCAGCAGCAUCCGCAGCUGCAACAACGAAAGCCAAGAGUGGAAAGGUGUCCAAGAAAAGCAAACGUACUGUCUCUCCCACAGCGGAAGUUAAUGGCAAAAAGAAGAAACGCAAUAGCGCUGAAGCUAAGUCGAAAAGAGCUGCUAAUUGCUCGGAGCUAGCGGACAAGGCAAUCACUAAUGCGACUGCUGGCGAUGAGGAGCGCGAGAGUAGCGGAACCAAGAAAUCGCGUAGUAAGAAAAAUGCUGGAAGCACCGUCUCUUUGGCCAAUGCAACACAAACGAACGAAUCUGUCACAAGUGCAGGCACUGCAGGCUGCACGAACAAAAGCGAUAUUAGCGAUGCAGAAGAUGAUAAGCCCACACUGCCAGCACUGGAGUCGGAUUCUGAAUCUUCGGAUUCAGAUUCGGGCACGCAACACAAACGCAAUGGAACACGCGGCAAGCUACCGAACUCUUCCAAAGGAUCUACGCCCGAAAAAAAUGCAGGCGCUGGUGUCAGUAACACAGGAUCCUCGCAAAAGGCUUACGAUUAUAACACGAAGUUGAACUAUUUGUUCCGAGAUACACGUUUCUUUUUGAUUAAGUCAAACAAUAGUGACAAUGUUCAGCUAUCCAAGAACAAGAGCGUCUGGGCAACGCUUCCACAGAACGAUGCGAAUCUUAAUCAGGCCUUCAAGGAGGCACGCAAUGUACUGCUUAUUUUCUCUGUUAACGAGAGCGGUAAAUUUGCUGGAUUUGCGCGAAUGGCUGCGCCUUCUCGUCGGGAUAUUCCUCAGGUAGCUUGGGUGCUCCCCCCGAGCAUAUCAUCCAAGGCAUUGGGCGGUGUUAUUGAGCUAGACUGGAUAUGCCGUAAGGAGCUAUCCUUUAAUGCCACUUUGCAUCUGCACAAUUCCUGGAAUGAAGGCAAGCCGGUGAAAAUUGGACGCGAUGGUCAAGAGAUUGAGCCCAAAAUUGGGGCUGAACUGUGUCGCCUCUUUCCUGAGGACGAGCAAAUAGAGCUGACGCCCAUAUUGCGCAAAUCUAAAGAGACAGCACGCGUGAUGCGAGAGAAGGGCAUCCAUGUUAUCUACAAACCACCGCGCAGUCUCUCAUCGCGAGGAUAUGGUGGUCGAGGCGCCAGCCACUUGGGUCCCAUGCGUCAUAAGCGCAGCUAUGGCCACGGAACACCUCAUCAUCGACCUUAUCGACAUCAUCAUCAUCAUGGGAUGGGUUUACCACCUGGUGGUGGUAAUUUUAAGCGGAGUGGCUCACCCUAUCGAGCCAUGGGCGGCAGUUCAGUUGGUGGCGCGGACAUGGGCAUGCCGUCGUGGGAGCGCUAUAUGUCAUCUUCGGCAGCGGCUGCCGAAGCAUAUGUAGCGGACUACAUGCGAACAAUGCACGGCCAACUACCGCCGCUACCCUUUGUGCCGCCCUUUGCCCAGCUGCCGUUGCCGGGAGCGGCAGGAGCUGGGGGUGCUUUGCCACCGGGCACGCCGGCCUCUAUCUACGAACAACUGCCGCCGCCGGUGCGUUACUACGAUGGGCCCGGGCCACCGCCAUUGCCGGACUAUCCGCCGCCGCAGCCACUGCGUCCACCACCACCUGGCUUUGAUAAGACACCCAGCUAUGAGGACUUCGCAGCCUGGAAGAAUGCUGGCUUACCCACAGUGCCACCACCGCCAGGCUUUCCCGUCUACGGAGGAGGCGCAGGAGGUGGCAGUGUUGCCAAUGGCGGCGUUGGUGGUAGCAACGGCAGUGGCGGCAGCGCGGUUGCCAGUGCAGCAUCUGGAGCUGGAUUAGCUGGAGUCGUCGGUAGUGGCGGUGGAAUGGGCGGUCCAGGUGGAUAUCGCAAUCGUGACAACAACGGCUCCGCGGGCGCCCGUCGACGCGAUUAUAACCGCAGUGGCGCUGGCGGCUCAUCGCGCGACUCGCGGCACUUUGGAAGCAACGGACGCGGUGGCGAACGUGGUGGCCAGCGCAGCUAUCGGGAUGGCAGGCGCUAGGAGCGUGCAUCGCCACCAGCUCCGUCUUCGUCUCCGUCUUCGUCUUCGUUGUCCCGUCGUACGUUUGAGUGCUUCGCUUUAAAUACGAAAAGACACAAAAAUCAAAGUGCGGAUUCUGAUCCCAUCGCCCGCCCGCCCCCAUCCAUUAUAGUGUGUGCAAAACGCGCGUGUGAAUGUAUAAAGGCAAAGUGUAUUGCUAUCGCCCCCUGAGAGGCGUAACCCUUGGCGCAAUUUACAACAAAAUUUAAGAAAAUCCUAUGAAAACGAAAAUUUUAAUCUUAGUGAUAGAAAGAGAGAGAGCGAGGAAAGAGCGAGCGAGAGAGCGAAAUAGAGCGACCGUUUGGAAGCAAGAAAGGGCAUUAUAAAUAUUUUACCUAUGCAUAGCGUAAUCCUUAGUUCUAAACGUAAAAAAUUCACUCCAAUAUGACUAAAAUAACAACAGAACUCGCUUUUUGCUCCACCCCUCCCCUAUAAUAUAAACUUCCGUUUUUUACAACGGACGUCGAUACGUCAUCGUCUCUUAAAUACGCAGCUGCAAAAAAAAGAGUUAUAUGAUUUAAUAAUAAACUUACGAGUUAAGCAAAUUUAGCAAGCAUCUAAUUCCUAAUUUAAACCACAAAGAAAAAAAUACAAAAAGAAAAAAAUAUAAAAUGCGCAUAAUGUGUGAACUUUAUUUGAAAAAAAAGACUGACGUGCAAGCCUUUAAAUCAAUAGAGACGUUUUCCCCUACACCUACCAACGAACAAGCAAAAAGCCAACGAUACAAAAUGAAUACAAGUGAUUUGUGUGUAUGUGUGUGCUACCCAGUUUCCCCUAUACAAAGUUCCCCCUAUUAAAACGUGUGUUGAACCUUUCAGGAGCUUCUGUAAGAUGUUCCCAAAAAGUCAAAGAAAUUAUGCAAAUGCAACCAAAAAAUGAGAACAUUUUUGGAACUGCACAGUAGAGCACAGUGUUAAAAGAUUUUACUUGAAAUUUAAAAACUGGAUUCGAGCUAAUCCUCCAUAAAAAAAGCUCUAGAGUCCACCAUCCAUAUAUAUGUAUAUAGACUACGGGUCGCUUCUGAGAUGGACCCAAAAAGCAACAACACGCCAGCCAGCCAGCCAGUGAGGCCAGCAAGCAGUUAAUUGCAAAUCCGAACCCAGUGCUCGGAUCUAAGAAACUCCAAUUCUAUUUUUAAUUCAAAACUUAACAAUCUUUGUCUUUCAGACACAUUGCCGACCGUUAGAGAACGCAAAACACUAAAACAGACACACAUCUGGCUCAAAAAGGCGCUUCGACCAGCGCAUACAACGCUCGUUAUCUUCAACCGAAGAUCCCCCACAAUUCUCUGUGAGCGAGAGUAUUUCCAGAUCAAUAGUCCUUGACAAUAGUCUGUGACUUUUCAGUAAAAAAAAAACCGAACUUGUUGGGACCUUUUGAUAGGUCCAACAUACUUUCAAUGCCUAUCUUGUCUAUUGGAAUUACCGGUUUGGGAGCCUGCAUUGGCUCCAAGGUUAAUUCAUUCUGGCGUCAAGAAAAGACUUGCAACUUAACAAUGACUGUUAUAUUAUCACUUCGUUGAGCCAAGGCCGGGUACAGUUGAACCACCUUUUGACCCUUGGACUGCGUUAGGGGACAUUCUGUUCUUUUUCGUUACAGGUCUUACAACAUCUACUACAACUGCUAAUUGCCCUUAUACUCGAUAUGCCAAGUUGCCGGAAUGCUGAAACUAUCCUAUAUAUGUACAAGACUGAAUAAAAGCGUAGCUUUUUAUUUAUUGAUCACCUAAA